CCACCACCACCGAGCGGUUUAAAAAAUGCCUCCCAAAGCUAGCGGUAAAGCUGUCAAGAAGGCCGGCAAGGCCCAGAAGAACAUCACCAAGGGUGACAAGAAGAAGAAGCGCAGGAGGAAGGAGUCGUACGCAAUCUACAUCUACAAGGUGCUCAAGCAGGUCCACCCCGACACCGGUGUUUCCAGCAAGGCUAUGUCGAUCAUGAACAGCUUCGUGAACGACAUUUUCGAGCGCAUCGCCGCCGAGGCUUCCCGUCUGGCUCACUACAACAAGCGUUCCACCAUCACUUCUCGGGAGAUCCAGACCGCCGUCCGUCUCCUUCUGCCCGGUGAGUUGGCCAAGCACGCUGUCAGCGAGGGUACCAAGGCUGUGACCAAGUACACAAGCUCCAAGUAAGCGUCCCCAACGCUUCAGCGUCGCCCGACUCCUCGUCGCCGAGCGCCACAAAACGGCCUUUAUAAAGGCCACCAAUAAACUCAUUCGUUUUACACGUUAGCAGACCCUCACUUACUAGAUACGUAUAAGUCCGCACGUGUUUUCCUAUCCUGUGCGCAGCCGUUAACUUACAUCCAAACGCAAUUCACCACUGGUUAUUACAAUGAUUAGCAUAGUUAAUUAAGACUUUAUCUUCGUAAUUGUAUAACAAUGGUCAAGAGUGUUACAUGUCACGAGUCGAGAGUAUUCCUUUACUCGAGUCAACUCAACACUGUGAG